AUGACGACUAACUAUUUGGUGCCAAACACUAAACCGAUUAAUGGAAAUGUGUUUCAUUCAUUCGAAAAGAUAAAUGAAAUAUUCGCAAAGAAUGACGGUAGAAGAUAUUAUAGAGAACUUGAAAGUUCAUGCUAUGACUCUGAUGCUCCAUAUUUUGAUGAUAAACAAACUCAUUUAAGAAUUACAAAUCCGGCUCAUGAUGUGAACCAAUUAGGUGACACAUAUAUUAAACGCAAAGUUAAAGCUACGUUAGUUUCAAAUAAAGCUUUCACAUGUGAUGCCGCUUUUAAAUGCAUGUGUUUAUUCGUUGGUUACAAAUCAUCAAAUCAAAGCUUUAAACAAUUAGAAGUGGAAACCGAAAGAGGUGAUGCCGGUUAUCUUCAGAUGGAUUGCGCCCGUGAAUCUUUCGCAUUUGCAACAUAUAAACCAAAAUCAGAAAGGAAAGUUAAAAAGUUUGUUCAUUCGUUAUAUAAUAAUGUUCAAAAAUAUGAUAACUCAGUAUGUGGUAAAUAUAUUGACCCUUCAGAAGUUUUCAAGAAAGCAAAUGAAGAAGUUGAUGUCACUUUUGAUAUGAUUAUUCCGGUAAAUGAUUUGUUAGCAUUUCAGGCGUUCGAUGAUUAUCCUAAAUCAUUUGGUGAUAUCAUUCUUAAAUAUUAUGUUUUCAGGGAUACUUUAGUAUUUUGUCAGGUUGACCCGUUAAGAGUUGCUGAUUUACAAAAUUAC